GCCGGCCUGCGCGGAGCCCCGCUGGUCGAUGUCCGCCUGGUGAGUGCCAAGACGGGCUUUGGCCUGGAGGGACUGGUCAGCCGGCUGCAGCGCUCCUGGAAGUGUGCCGGUGAUGUCUACCUGCUGGGUGCUACCAACUCCGGCAAGUCAACGCUCUUCAACACCCUGCUGCGCUCCGACUACUGCAAGUCCCGUGCUACCGACAUCGUCAACAGGGCCACCGUCUCCUCGUGGCCAGGAACAACACUGAACCUGUUGAAAUUUCCAAUUAUUAAUCCUACAUGUGACAGGAUAUUCCGAAGGCAGGAGAGGCUGAACCAGGAGGCAACAAAAACAGAAGAUGAGCUAAGCAGUGAAGAAAAAAAGUACCUUAAUCACCUUAAAAAGGAAGGUUACUUAGUAGGAAGAGUUGGAAGAACAUUUCAACAGCAGAAGUCUAGCGCCAUGAUUGACUUUGACCCUGACAUGCUCUCCUACAGCAUAGAUGAAGAUCCCAGAGAUUCCCCUAGGAAGACUAAGAAAAGGGAGGAGUUCACAUACAACGAAGUGAAGGAUGCUCGCUGGUGUUUUGACACUCCAGGGAUUGUAAAGGAAAACUGUGUUUUAAAUCUCCUGACAGAAAAAGAAGUAAAGCUGGUUUUGCCAACGUGUGCCAUCAUUCCACGGACCUUCAUUCUCAAGCCAGGAACGGUCUUGUUUUUAGCAGCCUUGGGACGCAUAGACUACUUGCAGGGAGAAAAGUCUGCCUGGUUUUCUGUCGUGGCUUCUAACCUGUUGCCAGUCCACAUUACUACCCUGAGUAAUGCAGAUGCCAUCUACGAGAAGCAUGCUGGCCAUGAGUUACUAAAGGUUCCCAUGGGUGGGGAAGAGCGAAUGAAAGAGUUCCCUCCACUUGUGCCUCAGGACAUUACUCUGAAAGGAAUUGGUACUGCUGAGGCAGUCGCAGAUAUCAAGCUUUCCUCUGCAGGCUGGGUGGCAGUGACAGCUCACGCGGAAGAGGAAUUGCUGCUCCGAGCCUAUACUCCCAAGGGCACCGCGCUGGUGGUGCGGGAGCCUCCCCUUUUGCCCUACAUCAGUUCCAUCAGAGGGGCCCGGAUUGCAGGCAGUGCUGCCUAUAGGACCAAAAAGCCUCCUUCCCUGGUGGAAAACCUGAAAACCACGGGGAAGAGAUAGCGCUUCUCAUUGCCUGAGCAAGGUAGAAGACAGA